CGUGUUUCACUGGGAUAAUCAGGUAUACAAACUUUGACCUUUCACCUCCACAAGUACUGACUCUUGGAUUCUUGUCACCAUUUUCGGCAGCGAAGGAAAAGGUCACUUCUCUUCAUCUAAGACGAUUGUGAAGCCAUAUUGACCAUAACCACACACGGGAUCUGGAGUUUGACCAAAAUGGAAACUGGGUCUCAUCUUGCUGGGGUGGGAAAGGAUGGACAGCGUUCUUGCCGUAUCAACAAGUGCAGCCAUUGCGACAAGGAGUUUCGCUUCAAGACUAUGCUCAACGCACACCUGCGAACUCACACGGGUGGGAGACCAUACAUUUGUAAUGAAUGCGGGCAGGGGUUACUUCAUCAGGAAGAUCUGAAGAAGCACAUGCGGAUUCACACCGGUGUGAGACCAUACAUUUGUGGGGAAUGCAACCAACGGUUCAGUCAGCUGGGGGAUCUAACGAGACACAUGCGAACUCACACAGGAGAGAAACCACAUCAAUGCGAGGAAUGCGGUAAGCAGUACAGAAGGUCGAGUGAUCUGAAGGUACAUGUGCGGACUCACACUGGUGAAAAGCCGUACAAGUGUGAACAUUGCGACAAGGGCUUUAUUCAGUCAACUCACCUGAAGAGACACAUGCGGACUCACACCGGCGAGAAACCCUACAGGUGUGACAAGUGCAGCAGACAGUGCACUACGCUGGCAAAUCUUAAGACUCACAUUCGGACUCACACUGGCGAGAGACCUUACGGGUGUGGCAAAUGCAACAGAAGCUUUCCUCAGCUGGGUCAUCUGAAGAUACACAUGCGGACUCACUCACGUGGACGCUCAUCGAUGCCUGUGUGAGGAUGGAAUCAUACGACUCACUAUAAAUGCAGAAACUUUUGCAGCGGUUUAGUGUUCGCCACUUAACCACAAACUUUUAAAAAACCACCGCAAACAUUUUUCCAUGGCAGGAAGAGACUACAGUGCAUAUUGCUACUGCAAACUUAAAAAAACCCACUGUGAAAAGUCCUUUUUCCCACACUGCAUAAGUAAAUACCUGCAAAAAUGUAUUUACAGUAUUCACACAACCAAAGUUCAUUCUAAAUGCCAUUUGUGUUUUAUUGGGAUUGUAACAGUGUGUCGUUCCUUUGACAUUUUUUUAAACUAAGUAGUACACUGUCAAUAUGACUUUGCUAUAAGGUUAAAGAAAAGGUUUCACAUUAUAGAGGAAAUGCUCAUGGAUUAUACGGUCAAUGUCAGCAAAUCAACUUUAGUUUUUUUUUCAUUAUACCUUGAAGUUGUUUGCAAAAAAGUGACCUUAUACUGCGAAAUGCUCAGACAGUACUUGUGGUGAGAGGCAGUUAUAAUUACAUGGUAAGAUUGUUUAUUCUUCUGUCUCAAACUGGUAAAAAGCAUUCACAGGGAAGUGUAGCAGUUUCCUUGUUACAAAGUGCAUGUUUUAUGUAAUUCAGUUUUUUAUGUUAUUAUUUUACAUCAACUGAGGUUUUAACUGUCACUUAUGUGAUUAGUCUCUGUAAAUAUUGUACUAGCGUUUAGAAUAAGUUGCAGCAAAAUGUUCACUGAUUUAAAUAGACCUCUUCACAAAUUUUCUAUUUCGGUAACAGCACUUAAAUGCUACAAGUUUUCAUUUUUGGGUUAUGUUAUAGGCUAAAGCUUUCUGUCUCAGGAUUUUCUCUGUGUUAGAACUUAGAUAUUGAAGUUGUUAUCAUCACUUUAUAAUUCACUAAUUACUGUAAAUACGCAGGGGCCUUAUUAAUUAGCAUUUGGAAUUAACUCUUGAAGCUUGUAAGUGAUAGAAGUUGCUAACUAUCGUUUACCUUCACAAUGUGCUCUAGGCUUUUUCAACUUUUAGCAUAUCAUGAUCAGUUUCUUCAACAAUAAACUAUGACACGUUA